GCUCGACCGGCCGGAAGCCCUCCAGCCCAGGGUAGAGGCCCAUCCUCCGCACCACCUCCCGGCUAAAGCUGGGGAGGCCUUGGAAGCCCUCGAUCUUCAGCUUCUGUUUCCGAAAGUUGACUUUGGGGCCGUAGUCCUGAAGGAUGAAGACAAAGGGAGGUGAGGAAGUGUCUGAGUUUACAGGAAUGUCUACCACAGACUAGGUCUGAAGAAUUCGAUCACAGUGACCAAGGCAAAGCAAAGCCCUGACUUUAAGGAUGGGACGUUCUGGCAGGAGGAGGCAGACGCCAAGGAGACACUAGGGCCUGGCUUACCUGCUUCCUCCGCCCAGACUGUGAGAGCUUCCAGGGCUCCAGGUCCAUGAGACGUACCAUCUCAGCUUCUUCCUCCCGGGUCACGAAGUCCUCUAUCAGCAUCACUCCCGGGAAGGGGAAGGCCCAGCCCUCAAAGUCAGACUCCUCGGCGCCCACGGCCCAGCCAGUGUCCGAGCAGUAAAUGAAACGGUGUGUUUUCUGCAAAAGAAGCACAGGUCCUAAAGCCAUGGCAAACCUCCUUCACCUGGCACGCGUGUGUCAUCCAGAGGGCCCUUGUGAGCACAGUCCCUGCCUGGCCGGCUGCCUCUGAGUGGGUUUCUGAUGGCUCAGCCCUCCCCAGAAGCCACCUUGGAAGGCAGAACCCCUGCCCCAGGCUGCCCCAAGGAAGGCCUGCAGCCCUCUUGAGUGAACAACUCCAGCUUCCUUCUCAGGCUCUGCCUCUGUAAAAGGAAGAGCCUCUGCACAAUCCUAUUUUCAUUCUGCAUUUUACAAAGGUGGCUCAGCAAAGUUAAGGAGCUGGCCCAAGGCUGCACAGCCAGGGAGCAGCCUGCACACCCGCACUGUUCCUUGUUUCUGCGGGGCAUCGUCUGUCCUCCCCAGCCUCAGGAGGACUGAAGGAGCACACCUGUGUGAAAACAUCCAGCCAGGCCAGGGGGUUGAGAAACCUGCUCAUCCUAGAGCUGGGGCCUCCAGGCUGUCCACGGGGAGCUCUCCAUGGCCUUCGGGACAAGUCCAGCUGACACACGGGGGACCCUCUGUGGUCAGAGCCCCUCGACCUCUGCAGCCUCGCCUCCCUCACUUGAGGCAUCGCUCCGCCUUCCUACCCAAGGCCUCCAGCCACGCAGUUCCCGGGCGGACACGCCCCUGCAACCGACCGCGACACUUUGAGGUCAGUCUAAACGCUCCGAGCUUUUUCAUUAGUAAACUGGAAUUAAUUGCCCCCGUGCCCAUUUCUGUCUAUGGCCUUUAGACACCGUGGUCCAGUAUCCAGUACCCUCCGCCCUUUCCCCGUCGUUUACCCCUCGCGCCGCUGACCUCCCCCAGCACCUGACCCGAGGGGCGAAGUCGAGGUUUGCUGACAGACGCCCCCCAAAGGCACACAGGCGAGCUGCGGUCGGACCCACGCACGUGCCAGCCCCUUUCUCACUCACAAGACUCAGCCCGCAACACCCUUACCGCAACAGCCCCUGACAGGCUUUGAACCCGAGCCUGUCUCACGACCAGGCUGGGCCUCAGUUUCGCCGUAUGAAAAACGGAGUCUGUCAGCGCGGUCCCUCUCCCGGCCCUUACCCCCGGGGGGACCUGCCAGGGCAGGUCACCACGGAGCCGCUCGCAGAUCAGACAAGUCCGGAUGCCCUUGCAACCGCACUGCUGAAAGACCUCUGGCGCCUCAGCAGCCGCCGCCGCCGCCAUUGCUGUGUCUGGGUGGCCAGAGCGCAGGCGCGGGGCCGCGGGGGCCGCUGGGAGUUAUAGUCCGCAGGCGGGGAACGAGGUCUCGGCUCCGCUUCCUUCCGGUCGCAGUCACUAGCGGACUUGGCGCGGCAUCACCUCCGGUGCUCAGCCACUCGCAGACGCCAGCGGCGGACUCGGGAGACGCGGGCUCUGCCAGACGCCAGCGCCGCCGACCGAGCCAUCGUGGGUCGUGCCUCCUCGCUAUGGGCCCCCUCUCGGCGCGGCUGCUCAUGCAGCGCGGGCGACCCAGGAGCGACCGUCUGGGGAAGAUCCGGAUCCUGGACCUGUCUGGGCUGAAGCUGAUCUCAGAGCACUUGGACCCCAAGCUCAUGUGCCGCCUGACGCAGCUGCAGGAGCUGGACCUCUCCAACAACCAGCUGGAGACUCUGCCUGACAACCUGGGCCUGUCCCACCUGCGCAUCCUCCGCUGUGGCAACAACCAGCUGAGGGAUGUCACCGCCUUGUGCCAGUUCCUGCAGCUUGAGGAGCUCAGCCUGGAGGGCAACCCCUUCCUGACAGUCAAUGACAACCUGAAGGUCUCCUUUCUCCUGCCCAAGCUCCGUAAGGUCAAUGGCAAAGAUGCGUCUUUGACUUGCUCUCAGGUGGAGAAUCUGAACCGGGAACUGGCCAACAGGGUCACAGCUCACUGGGAGAAGUUCAUGGCUGCAGUGGGCCCUGAAGAGAAGGCUGAGAAGGCCCAGGCGGACUUUGUGAAGUCUGCCGUCAGGGAUGUCCGCUACGGGCCCGAGUCCCUCAGCGAGUUCACCCAGUGGAGGGUACAGAUGAUCUCUGAGGAGCUGGUGGCCUCCGGUGGGACCUUGGUACAUGAGGCAGACAACCCAGAGAGGCGCCCAAAAGCUGCAGCUGCCCGGAAGCCCAGGGCCAGGCUGAUGGCCUUGAAACGGCCAGAUGAUGUCCCCCUCAACCUGUCUCCCAACAAGCGGGCGUGCGCCUCCCUGUCAGCCCAGGUGGAGGGCAGCCUUAUGGGCUCUGAUGGUGGCCAGCCUGCCCUGAAGCUGGAGCCCCUGCACUUCCUGCAGUGCCACAGUAAGAACAACAGCCCCGAUGACCUCAAGACUCAGCUGUGGGCCUGCGCCUUCGAGCCGGCCUGGGAGGAGGGGGCCAUGUCUCAGACGGUGGCCACGUGUGGCGGGGAGGCCGUGUGCGUGAUAGACUGCCAGACGGGCAUCGUGCUGCACAAGUACAAGGCGCCUGGCGAGGAGUUCUUCUCCGUGGCCUGGACGGCCCUGAUGGUGGUCACGCAGACCGGCCACAAGAAGCGCUGGAGUGUGCUGGCGGCCGCGGGCCUGCGGGGCCAGGUCCGUCUGCUGCACGUGCGGGCCGGCUUCUGCUGCGGAGUCAUCCGGGCCCACAAGAAGGCCAUCGCCACCCUCUGUUUCAGCCCCACCCACGAGACCCAUCUCUUCACGGCCUCGUAUGACAAGCGGAUCAUCCUCUGGGACAUCGGGGUGCCCAACGACGACUACGAAUUCCAGGCCAGCCAGCUGCUCACUCUCGACACCACCUCCAUCCCGCUGCGCCUCUGCCCCGUCGCCUCCUGCCCGGAUGCCUAUCUGAUGGCUGGCUGCGAGGGGGGCUGCUGCUGCUGGGAUGUGCGGCUGGACCAGCCCCAGAAGAAGAGGGUGUGUGAGGUGGAGUUCGUCUUCGCUGAGGGCUCCGAGGCAUCUGCACGGAGAGUGGACGGGCUGGCAUUCGUGAAUGACGAUGUUGUGGCCUCCAAGGGGAACGGCCUGGGCACCAUCUGCCUUUGGAGCUGGAGGCAGACAUGGGUGGGCCGGGGCUGCCAGUCCACAGUGGCAGUGGUCGUCCUGGCCCGGCUGCAGUGGUCCCGCACCGAGCUGGCCUACUUCUCGCUCAGCGCCUGCCCUGAUGAGGGCAUUGUGCUGUGCGGGGAUGAGGAGGGCAGCGUGUGGAUCUACGAUGUCAGGAGCGUCCUGAAGCAGCCGCCUCCUCUGCCAGCCGCCCCGCAGGCCCCUACGCAGAUCCUUAAGUGGCCACAGCCCUGGGCCCACAGCCAGACGGUGACCAAGACCAUGGUGAACAUGGUGGUGGCCAACCCCACCUUUACCUACCUCACGGCUCUGACGGACUCCAACAUUGUCGCCAUCUGGAAGAGACAGUAGCCUCCAACGGGAGCUCCUGCCUCUACUGCAAAGUACCAGGGACACAACUUAACUUAUUCAGCUUUUGGGCAGGGGUGGUAUUUUUAUCAGUGAAUAUUUGUAUUAAAUUCUGUGGACGAGA